AUGGACAGCCAGUUGCCGGCUUUUGGUGAGAUUUAUGAUGGAUUUAACAGUCCUGAUGCUCCUGAUUAUUUGCUUUCUAAUUUAUACUCUGUUGUUCAUAAGGAACUCAAAGGGUUGAUAUGGAAUGAUAAGUUUGAAUCUGCCGAGAAUUCGUUGAGUUCAAGUGAGGCAUCGUCUUUAUUUGAUGAAUUAAAUCAAUUUCAUAUUGAUAAGGAGAACAAUCAUCCUAUGGGAAAUGGUGUUAUAGAUGAGACUUCGAAACCAAAGAAGAAAAAGAAUGCGAAAGGUGUGGCGAAGAAACGGGAGGAGAAUCAAAAGAGGUGGAGGUGUGAAUGGGAUAGGGAAAGGCUAGAGCUUGAUAGGAAGUUGAAGGAAAAAUUAAACUGUGAAGUGUCAAACGGGGUCAACCAUUCGGAUGUCCUGAAGGCGCUUUCACUUGCCUUAAAGAAGACAAAGGACUCGUAUUUAGAGGUUGCAGAUUUGAUGGUGAGGGAGAUUCCUGAAUUGGCUUUGAUGGGUUCUUGUGUUUUGGCGAUGUUGAUGAAGGGAGAGGAUGUGUAUUUGAUGAAUGUUGGGGAUAGUCGGGCAGUUUUAGCGAAGAAACUUGAGCCAAAUAUCAUAUUAGGGAGGGCGCGGAAGGACUUAAAAAGAAUUAAAGAGGAAACUAUGCAUGACGUUGAAGCAUUUGAUGAUGGCGAAAUCGACAGACUAAAUAACUUGACAUCUGUUUAG